GAAAUUUCUUUUACCUAUUUCUCUCGGUAAUCUAUUAUUAACAACUUCGUCUCAAUUGUUUUCACUCUAAAAGAUUUAUUUUCUAUAUUCAUAACUUGUCUCAAAUAAGAGAAAGAAAUAAAACAAAAAUAUUCAUAGAUAUUUACGAUAUGUUCCUUAUGGUAACUGGGUUCAUGAAUUAUGGUCAACAAACAGUCCGAGCUGCAAGGUACAUUGGUCAAAGUUUCAUUAUUAUCUUAUCUCACGCAAAUCGUUUACCUGUAACUAUUCAAUAUCCUUAUGAAAAAUUAAUCACAUCGGAACGUUUCCGCGGUCGAAUCCAUUUUGAAUUUGAUAAAUGCAUUGCUUGUGAAGUAUGUGUUCGUGUAUGUCCUAUAGAUUUACCCGUUGUUGAUUGGAAACUGGAAACUGAUAUUCGAAAGAAACGAUUGCUAAAUUACAGUAUUGAUUUCGGAAUCUGUAUUUUUUGUGGUAACUGUAUUGAGUAUUGCCCAACAAAUUGUUUAUCAAUGACUGAAGAAUAUGAACUUUCAACUUAUGAUCGUCACGAAUUGAACUAUAAUCAAAUUGCUUUGGGCCGUUUACCAAUGUCAGUAAUUGAUGAUUAUACAAUUCGAACAAUUCAAAUAAAAUAAAAAAA